AUGGCAAGAACUAAGCAAACUGCCCGGAAAUCAACCGGUGGUAAAGCACCAAGGAAGCAGCUUGCAACAAAGGCGGCAAGGAAGUCAGCGCCGGCGACCGGAGGAGUGAAGAAGCCACACAGAUUCAGGCCAGGAACGGUCGCGCUCAGGGAAAUCCGUAAGUACCAGAAGAGCACCGAGUUGUUGAUCCGUAAGCUUCCCUUUCAGAGGCUUGUGAGAGAAAUUGCUCAGGAUUUCAAGACAGAUCUAAGGUUUCAAAGCAGUGCUGUGGCUGCACUUCAGGAGGCGUCUGAGGCUUAUUUGGUAGGAUUGUUCGAGGAUACUAAUUUGUGUGCGAUUCAUGCCAAGAGGGUUACGAUUAUGCCCAAAGACAUGCAAUUGGCAAGAAGGAUUAGAGGUGAAAGGGCUUAG